AGCAUAAGUUUUGUUAGUUCUCUUAAGAGUCAAAUAACUAUAACAAGGAUUAUCAUUAAAUAUUCAUUGAGUAAACACAGUCUUUUGAGUGAAACUUAAAAUCGCCUCGCGUUUCACACGUCAAAACGAAACAAAAACAAAGAACCAAAACAAACGAUCGGUGCGUCGUGUCGCAACUCGCGUCUGAAUAUAGCAGAGUUCAAUCGCCGUACUAAUUAGUAUUUAAACAGAAUAGUGCCAACGUAUAACUGAACCCUCGAGCGCGAAAGAGACAAGAGACUGGCAAACUUCCAAGAUGAAUCUUAUGUUUCGGAAGAACUUCGGCGGGGAGAAAACCCUGAUGACCAGUAGCACUGGUGGGGGCAAAGCGCGAGGGGCUCUUGGGGCAGGGAGAAACGCUAAGAGACGCGACAGAGAGCGAUUCUCAUGCAUGGAAGAACAUCACUACAAGACCCACAUAUUAUUCUCGCCGCCCGUAAGAUCUAGCACGCAGUACAACGAAGGAUCAGAACGAUGUGGUCCAGUUCUCGGUGGAGGCACCGGGCCGGAACCAGAGCCCCCACAGCCCCUGGUCACGCGGGAGCCGACAGUGUCGCUCAUGCGGUGGGACCGGCCUACACCAGCUACGACCGAGCGACGACGCACCGAGCCCGUCUCCCUGGCCACUCUGGAGAAAGACUGCUUCGUCAUACCAGCGCACGCUCUUGACCGGUUCCUGCCAGAGGGUGUACCGCUCCCGAUGCCGGCUCCUACACCAGAAAAAGGCAUGACAACAAAGUCUGGUCAGAGCUCAUUAAGUAUAUUAGAGAUCGCCGACCCCAAACUUUGCAUAUUGGCUCACUUAAUGAGCCCUUUGGAGCCAAUAGAACCGAUAUUAGAAUCGCCGCUUACCAAACCUUUGAUCAAACAGAAAAUUGCUGCAGCAGAACUCUUGAGCGAAGUUGCCCAAGCCAACACGGCUGUGGGCGGUAUGCUAUUGGCCAAUAUGGAGAAAAACGCAGAAUUUCCUUUUAUAGCUUACUACGUAAUUAACACAACGCACACUGACCCGUUAUUGUUUUACAACAAUAUGAGAUCUGCUUCUUUGACCAAGUUCGACCCAAAGACAAUUAGAUAUUCGGCAGCUCACACGUUAGACCUCUACAGUGAAGUCGCAAUGAUAUGUCGGCCGCCAUUCACAGAUCUAGCCGGUGGACCAAAGAAAUCACAGACCUCUACAACUGGAUUUAUCAUUAGUGUUUAUAAGGUAUUCGAAGGCGAUGACGGGGAACGCUUCGAACGCAACUGGCUUUACUGGACCGGUGCUCGCAUGCUCUACCGACACCUCCCCAACACCGUUGGAAUGCGAAAGAUCGCUCUCCACAAAUCAGUGGCCGCACACGGAGACAAAAUGUACUUAUUGGUUUGCGAGUGUGCCAACUUGUUAGACGACUUGUCGGGUGCUGCGAUGCUUAUAACUGCUUUAAGGGCGCGACUGUGCGGAUACACCGGUCUUUAUAGGCCCAUACAGACUUUCUAGUAGAAGGGUCAGGCCUCUGUGGCCUGAGAUGUGUUCUAUUAAGAGACCCGAAUAGUGCAAUUUGAAGAGAUCAAUUAUAAAAUAUAAAAUUGGACGAAAACAUGAAAAAAUGCGUUUCGUUCGUAACAAGUCUCUAAAUAAACAUGGACAUAAAUUGGACCAAAAUAAAUAAUAAAAUAUUUGAAACGUAUUUGAAGAACGUACCUACGUAAGGGAACUCGUGUUCUCCGCUUAGAUUUACUUAUAGUGUAUACGUCAAAGAACCAGUACCUAUUCACAAUAAUAGUGUAAAGGUUGAACUAAGUCAGAGCUGUUGAGGUUAACUUAGUGCCUAUACAAGAGUACCACGACGCUUGAGAGUAUGUGGCGUAAUGAAAUCUACAUUUUCAUCAGCCAUGUGCGAAUCAGUUAGAUCAGUUAGACGGUGGUGUCAUUCGUAACGGUUUCAACAGACAAUAAAUACCGCAUGUAGCUCAGCUGUGCGAGAAUCUGUACUCUUUUCAGCUGUGCGAAAGCUAGGUAGGGUUCCUAUCACACAUCUUUUUUUAUUUUAUUUAACAUAAACUCGCUUUCUAGCCGCCUUUUCCUCGCAUCUCUGGCGAAAACGCCAUCUUAACUUUAGGGUUUGACAAAUAAUUUAUUUAGGCGCGUUUAAAUCAUUGUCAAAUCCAUGAGCAUGAUUGAUUUUUCUCAAACGCCCAACGCAAAGGGUUUUUUCAAUUUCCAUUCAAUACUGCUGUUAAUAAAAUGAUUCAAUUAAUUCGUUCUCUUUUUCAAUGUAUACAAAACUUCUAAUUCAGUGUACCUACCCGCUGUGUCAGCACUUAUGAGUAUUGUUAUCUGCAUCAAAAAAUGUGAACGAUUAAUUUAGAGAACCACCAAUUCAAUAAGUACUUUUGAUAAAAUCAAAUCUAACCAUAUAAAUUCGGUUAUGUCUUCCAUGAAUUUAAUAGAGUUAUAGCUUUGUAAAAAGUUUAAUUUAUUCAUUUUUAGCAUAUCUCUAAACAUAUCGAAAUUUUCAUUCUAAAUUAACACGUUAAGUAAUAAAACACAACCUGUAUUUUUUAAAAUAGAUAAAUUUUCAAUUUAUUAGAAACAUUUAUAAUUUAUUACACCUUUUUAUAUUUUUUACUGACUACGAUUACUCGACUAUUUACCCUGCCUUGUACACUUACAAAAUACUUAACAAUUCAAUCUACCAUCAUUACACGAUUAACUAUACAAUAAUCAUAAAUUGACAGAAACAAGUAAUAUCACUCUUCAUGCUCCCUCCAAACAGUCUAAAUAUCAUUCAACGCGUUCAAUUUUGCCAAAUAAUAUUUUAAAAAAACUAGUGAAUAGAGUAAAACGGUUCAUUAUGAAAUUCGCUUAUGACUUUUAUGUAAAGCUUUACGCUCAUAAUUUAAAAAAAAUUAUUAUAUAUUUGUACAUUUCAUACACGACUAGUUUAAAAUUUCGGCUCAGAAACACAAAACAUUAAGACCAAUAGAUUAAAGUAUUUCUUCUCUAUAAUACGUAAACAUUAUAAUUAAUACUAAUCUUAAGAGUUAUUAAAAAAAAUUGGCUUCAAAUUAAAUCAUACGAUGGCUUAAACUAGUUAGAAUAUAUACUUUUAUAGAAAGUGAGGACGUACACAAAAUUUAAGGAAUGCGGAAAAAAACCGCCCGUUAAGCCCAAAUGUAAUCUAUUCUGUCAAAAUUAAGGUUGAAUUCACUGUAAUAUUAGUUGGGUAAUCCAAACGAUUCAAUUAUUUUCUCUUCCUUGGCAUUCAAAAACCCAAACCAUGCUUGAUCUGUAUUAAUACCUGUAAUACCAUACUUACAUGUAUAAAAUGCCUCAUCGAAUGUUAAACCGAAAAUGACAUAAUAAAAGUUCGCACAUUUAAUAUUUUCUAAUAAGUAUUUUUCAAAGUAAGAUUUUUUAUAAUCACAGCGGUACUUACUAUUAAUAUUACGUAAUAUAAGCAAUUACAAUAUUUUUGUCAAUUUGCGAGUGCAUAGAUAGAUGAAUGCAUAGGUGGAUUUGUGACGUUUUUGGAUUGAAUAAUAAUAUGUAGAAGUUCAUUUGUUUAGCUUUCGAAGCUAAGUUUGUUUGUGGGCUAAGCUCUUAGAUUAUAUAGAAUCGUAUUUCAUCGAAUUUCAAUUAUUUUUGUAAUAAAAAUUUGAAAAAAACCUU